AAAAUGGUCAAUUCUGGUGUUGCCAUGGUUACAGUGAGCCAGCAGACUGACCUGGAAGAUGCUAACCAAGGUCAGGCAUGGCUCCCUUCAGUACCUUAAGUCUGACCCAAUUAAAUGUCACCCAGGUGACAUGCUGAAGGCUAUGAUUUUGUGGGUCUUACAGCAAAAAAAUAAAGUUUCAUAGUAGAUUCAGAGGGUAAAACUAUAGUUUUCUUGCUUUCUUCAGAAAAAAACUCCAAAACUCCAUCUUCAGGGAUGAAAGCUAAGCCUAGUGAGAAGCCCCUAGAAGAAGAACCCAUGGAUGAGCAGAUACCAAAGAUCCUGCAACUCUCUCCUUUUCCAAGGGACGUUACCAGCAAAAAGAGAAACAGGAGAUCAAGUUUGGCCAAGAAGAGGGCUGAAGGCAGGAAGGAAGUCUAUGACUUUGAAAACUCAGACUCCUCAAGUCGUGAAAAGGUUGCUGAAGCCAAAGGAAAGAUUCUUGCCCAGAAAACUUCUUCACAAAGUCAGAGGACCUAUGAAACCAGAAGCAAGAGCAAGGAAUCAAGCACUCUUGAGAGAAGGCGGUCCAGCUACAGGAAACACCUUUUCUCUGAAAGUAACAAUGAAAAUACAAGCCCUGAUAAGAGUGAGAAAAGCUGGAUCCUUGACUCUCAGAUACAGCCAGUGCCAAAAUCUGUUGACUAUACCCGAAAAAGACCCAGGGUGAGAAGUAAAUUAAAAGUGCUUCCAGUGUCUUCUGCAAGCAGUGGCAGUGACUACGAGUCAAAGAAGGAGGGAGAAUCAAGGCAAAGAGCUCAAAAGGAGAUGCUAAAGAAAAACUCAUUGAGCUCCAAGGAAGAUGAUUUACCCACAGUGAAUCUUGCUGAUGAAACACUCUCAGAUGAUCUUGGAGGGAGUCCACUGCUACUUGGUGUGUCUGCCCGGAGCCCUUCCAGUGAUGUGGAAAAAGCCACACAGAAGUUUCAUAGUACACCUGCGAAAUUAUCAAGAGAGGAAGAAAGUAACAAGCGGAAGGACUCAGAUAUACUGAGUGGAACUAUCAUAAAAAAGCCUAAAUUUUCUAGUUUGGAGAAAAAUCACUUGCCCUCUGAGAUUAACCAUACACCAAAGAAAAUUUCUGAUUCAGUAGAAGAUGAAGUGGAGAUCCAGAAAGGUCAGAAAAUGGAUGAUAGCCAAGAUGAUGUGGUUUUUUCCAAGAUGCUCCACAAAGACUUGAGUGAUUCAGGAGUGAUUUUUGCCUUUGAAAGCUUUGUUGGUCAACUGAAGAAAUUGUUCUGGUCCCGGUACAAAAGGAUUGAGAUCAACACAAAGGAUGCCCUGAGAUCUUCAGAGAAGAACUUGUCUGCCCUGCUGAACCAGAUACAUAUGUGCAGGCUGAAUAAAUUUGACACCUUCCGGAAGAUUGUUGUUGAAGAGCUUGCCAGCCUUGAGAAGGAUACUCAAAUUCUGGCAGCUAUGGAGAAGGAAGCACUGGUGUGUACAGCUUCUUGUGUGCCAGCCCAAAGAGGUGCCUCUUCCCAGGUAACAGGGGGUUUCUUUGCGGUCUUUUUAGGAUUUCUGGAACGCGCAGCUGCUCAAACUGAAUACGUUCUACAACCAGCAGAAGGAAAGGUACAUCUCUGCCGGCUGUCCUGCAUGCUCACAAGUCCUCUGAUGGUCAUAGAGGGCACUGGUGGUACCCUUGCUGAUAGAUGGGAAAGGAUUCUAAACCUAGUAUGGCAUCUUCACUUGGUGAACACCACUACACUUGGUGUCCACUGA